AUGAGUGCAUAUUCAGAGGAACAUAAUAGGUAAAGGAUAUUAAAUUAAUUGAUUUGAAGGGAGAAUUCAAAUGAGCCGUAAAGGAAACAAGAGAAUAACAAGAAAGUUUAAGAAUAUCCAGAGGAAUGGCCUAUGAAUCCAUCUCCACGAUGUACUCCUAUGCAAUAUUAAUAAUUCUUUCCUCAUAUUCCUCCUCCUUUUGAUCUUGAAAACAAAGGUAUGACGGGGAUUUAAUCAGGCUACACUGACUAUGAUGUUUAGAAAUAUUUAAAUAGUGAGAAAAAGGGUUAAAGUAGCUAUGCUUUUAGAAAACAUUCAUUAGGUGAAGUUCCAUAAAUAGAUCAUAUUGAGGAUGACCCUCAUAGAAAUGGCUAUCCAUUUGGUUAUUAUUAAAUGAAAUAUCCACCACCACCACCACCAUAAGCUAUGAUGAUGAAAUAUCCAUCUAAUUAAUAGUUUAUGGUUCAACAAUGGUAUCAACCGAGACCUCCAUAAUAAAUGAUGCCACCAUAUUGUUAUUAUCCACCUUUGUAUGACGGUCUUCAAUGUUAGAAUACUGUUUCAAAAGAACUUCAAUCUAAAGUCUAUUAAUUAGUCUCAUAUCAAAAAGUUUCUGAUUUUUAGUGCAACUGUAAAAAAAGUAAAUGCCUCAAACUUUAUUGUGAAUGUUUUGCCAAUAAUGGGGUAUGAUAUAACUUCCUAAAUUUAUACAAAAAGGUAUGUUCAUAGAGUUGUAAUUGCCAAGAUUGUAAAAAUAGAAUUGAUAAUCCUUAAGAAAGAUCAAAAGCCAUUGAAGAAGCCUUGUUAAGAAAUGCUGAUUCUUUUGCCUAAUGUUUUUCUACUAAAACACCACCUUAAUUUGUUUAAUAAGGUAUUCUUUAAUUACAUCUAAGAUAAACCAAUUAAAGAACCAACUAAAGAUAAUUCUACUCUUAUACGUAAAGGAUGCAAUUGUAAGAAAUCUGGAUGCAAAAAAAAAUAUUGUGAAUGUUAUAGUCAAAAUAAUAAAUGUAAUGAUCUUUGUAAAUGUGAACAUUGUUUAAAUAAAACUGAUGCUGACAUACAAUCUUAAUUAGAAUAAGGUUAAGAAUGUUUAUAAAAUAAAAGCAAUUCUAAAUUAAAAAAAGUUAAACUUGAAAAAAAUGAUGAAGCUAGUAAUUCCCCACUUGUCUAAUUAGAAAUUAAUCUAAAAAAAAACAAUUAGCAUAAAAUAAAAAAAUAAGAGAAUAAUUGA